UCCCUUCUCAGUUGAAGCCCCACCACCUCAAAUAUCGAUAGCUUCAAUCGUAUGAUUCGUAUCACAUAUCAUCCAAUUAAUUAUUUUCAGUUUCUAGUGAAAUAGUCCAUCGUAAUUCCUAAGCUCUAACAACCCAACAACAUUCUCAUUGCCAUAGCUACUCCAUUGCAUGCAAGCAAAGCAAAUAUCCAUCUCUAAGCAACACAAAACACAAGGGGAAAAAUAAAAAAAAUACAAAGUCAUCAAACUUUGAGUGGGGACCGCCAAUGGGUGGAACCGUCUCUACUCCUCCGACACACAAGUUUCCGUUGCCGACCAUGGAAACUUGUGACUACGUUCGGCCAUCGAAACUUCUACUAAAUGUAACUAUCGAGAACAGCUUGGGCGCAAUACAGGUGCUGUUGUCGCCUGAAGACACCGUCGCCGAUUUGGUAAAGGCAGCAUUGCUAAUUUAUGAAAAGGAGAAGAGGAGGCCACUCUUGAAGGACACUGACCCAAAGUGCUACGACCUUCACUAUUCCUCCUACACCCUCCAAAGUUUGAAGCAAAAUGAGAAGUUGAAGAACUUGGGGUCAAGGAACUUCUUUCUCUGCUCGAAGCCUCUGGCCUCUUUUUCCUAGGCUCCGAGCAAUGCAUGUGGUAAUUGAUUUUGCGCAUCAUUUGAUUUGAAGAUUAAGGCUGUGUCCGAGUGCAUCCGACCACUUUUCAUUGCUGUUUGAAUGUACAUUUUCCAAUGGUUUUGAUUGCCUUUGUUGUAUAUACAUUUAUUGGAAACAUAUGUGUGCAUGCACUGAGGUAAUCAAAUGCCAAUGUUUGCUAAUCAAGGAACUGCGCAGGAAACUAAA